AUGCACACGGUCGCUUUUCAGGCGAGCGGGCGCCACAUCCUGGUGACGAUACCGCACCCCACCCACACGGACAUGGACAAGCUGGCGCGAGCUGUGCAGAGGCCCAAAGAGUCCAUCAAGCAGCGCAAGCUCUCGGAAAUCUCCAAGAGCUCUGGGUUCCCAAUCUUCGCCAUCCCGCCCUUCGGCCACCCGAAGGACGAGACCGGCAUGGAGCCCAUCCUCCUGGUGGAUAGCACGGUCACGGAGCUCAAGAAGCCGCUGUUGUUCGACUGCGGGUCCGUGGGGCUGAGCAUACCGGUCAGCGAGUUUUUCCGCUGCACUGGGGCCGCUUGCAUCGAGGGCCUGGGCUUUAUCCCAGAGCCGAAGAAAGACACCGCCCAGGACGUGCGCGCCCUGCCGCUGUCUGGCAAGCCGGCGCCCGAGAAG